AUGGCUGGAAUUAAGGUUUGGUGUCUCUGGCCUUUGCUGGUUCCAUUGGUAUGACAUUUGUUAUUCUUGCCUGUGCCUUACCACAAUACAAACUAUGGUGGCCAUUCUUCGUGGUACUAUUCUACGUACUGUGUCCCAUCCCAACAAUGAUUGCGCGCCGCCACACAGACAGCGCUGGAGGCAACUCUCCUUGCAUGGAGACCGCAGUUUUCAUCACUAUGGGUUUCCUCGUCAGCUCGUUUGCGCUUCCAAUAGUACUGGCUCGUGCUGGAGUGAUUGCCCUGGGUGCCUGCUACUUAACACUGGCAGGAAAUGUCAUAGUAUACCUCACUAUUCUCGGUUUCUUCACCAUCUUUGACAUGGACGACUCUGACUACACGAUGUGGUGA